AUCUCUCCUUGACUCUUGUGCUCCAUACGGAAACCAGGGACUGAUUUGUGCCUUUACCUACUGGAUCUCUCUGCAAUAUUGGCUUUAUGCAGAUUUAUUCCCUUUAUCAAGUCUCUUCAGGAUACAAGAAAUGCUCACUCCGGAUGAAACCCAGAAUGUCUGGAUUCCUAAAUAUUCCAUGACAGGACCAUUCAGAGGCCACAUGAGCAUCAAAAGUUCUCCUUUUUAUACUGGAUCGUCGUGCAAGUUAUCAACUCAGUGCCUCAUCCAAGACCAUAUGGCAAUGCAUUACAGGAAACUUCUGACUGCCAAAGCUGCCGUGGACACAUCAACACCAAAGAGUUUAUAUAACAGCAUAAAAUGUAAGUAA